GGUGCAGGUGUUGCUGCUUUGUUAGUCAGGCACAGACAUUUGGACCAUGUCACAGUCUGUGUUUAUUCCCAUAUUUGUGGUUUUGCACUUUCUGUGGAACAAUUUUGGUUUAUGUUAAGAGAAAAUUAAACAGAGGACUAACAGCAACUGGAGGUGUAAUGUUUACUCUAUUAACAAAUCAGCGCUGUUGUUUAACCGUCUUUGACGCAGAGUGCAAUUAUGGAGAAAACACUGUUGCAUGUGUUUUAAAGACUUUCUCCUGUGGAAAGCAUCCUAAUGGAGGGCAUCACCAACUGGUCUGGGAACUGCUCCGCUACACCAGCGAUUCCCAAAGACAGGGUCGGGACCCACAGUGCUUCUCAGUUUUUUGUGCCCGAUCUCCUCCAUCAUGAUGGUUCGAGCUCUGCUCCAGACUUCGCUGGUUCUCUGGCUGGCUCAGCUAACUCUGCAAGGCGGGGUUAGACCUCAAAGUGUAUCUUGGGGGAGAGUGCUGCCAGCUAGAGGUGUUGGCAUUGGAGUAAAACCUGGAGCUGCAGGUGCCCUUGGAGCACUGGGGAGCCGAUAUGGCACCAAAGCAAUGAAGGCUGGAAUUGGCCGUUAUCCAGGGGCUCAGCUUGGUGUUGGUAGUUACAGAUCUCUGGGAUUAGGAGGUAGAGCAGGCCUGAAGCAAGGUGGAUAUGGAGCCCAUCAGGGAGGAUAUGGUGCCGCUCUUGGUACAGGAAUGGGAUUAGGGACUGGACUUCCAAAUGGACUGGGAAUGGGCAUGGGCCAUGGAGGAAAACGUGUUUAUGGUGCUGGCCUUGGGACUGUGCCAGGAUAUGGGGCUUUAGGCGGUAUUGGCUAUCCUGGAGCCCGACCAGGAAUUGGACUUGGCUAUCCCACUGGACAGAAGGCUAAGGAACAUAAACCUGGUGUUUCUGCAGCAGAUUUGGGUGGACCUCAGAUGGCCAAUAUGGGCCAAGCUGUUCAAGAUCUGAAGAGAGAAAAGAGCAGAGCACUUGGACCUAUGACACCGCUUGAUAAACCGAAUAAAGGUCUUGGUCUGGCUGUUUCACAAGCACACGGAAGAGAGAGUUACGAGCCUACGUUAUUAGAAAGAAGGGGCACAGCAAGCCAUGGAGCCUCACUGGCGGCUGGAGGUGUAAGACAGCAACUGCCUCUUGAUGAAGACACCAUCAGAAGUCUGGGUUUUGCUUCCUCUCAGGUACAGAGUGCAAGAGACUAUGAUUCAUCUGUCCAACAAAAUCAGCGAAACCCAAACUGUGGACCCACUCGUCAUUUGUCAAAUGUGCUAGGUAUCAACCGCCAUGAGCUUUUGGGCUCAGAAACACAGAAGACUAAAGGUUUAGUGCUCCCGCGUCACGUUGGUAAGGACGACAAACAUCUUGGACAUGCAACUCCACAAGCACAAGGAGAGAGAACCUAUCAACGGCCUCUUUUACAAACUCAAGAUGGCAGAAGCAAUGUAUUCUCUCUUCCACAAGGUCAGGGAUCCAGAGACUAUUUACCUGCUGUAGCAGACGGGCAGGGCGUCAGAGACCUUGUGGCUAAAGACAAAAAUGGGCCAAGAAUCCAUGGGACCGUUUCUGUAGAAAAUCAUAGUCAUGGUUCUCUAGAUGUUCAAGCACAAAGAGGGGGUAGCUAUGGACCAGUGAUCCCAGGUGCAGGUGGAUCCCAAAGUUUAGGCAUUCCCUCAGUAGAAGGGCAGAAAACCAAAGGCUUUACUGCUGAUGGUCAGAAGGUAAAACACCUUUCCCAUGCUGAACGUCUCAGUAUCCCAGGACAGACUGACCAGGCAACAAGUUAUAUCGGUGGACCAGGAAACUAUCUGGGAGCAAACCUGGGCGCCGGGGGCUACGGGCAAGGUUUGGGACAGGGAGGAUACUUGGGUGGUGCAGCUGGCAAACAUGGAGCUGCUGCUGCUCUUGGACAUGGGGGGUAUCCUCAAGGUGGUGCAGGGAUGUCACCUGGCUAUGGUGAUGGAGCAACAGGAUACCUGGGUGCCAUGGCAGGCAAUGGCUAUGGUUAUGGGAAUGGUUACGGCGAUGGUCUUGGGGCUGGGCUUGGUUACCCUUCAGAGUUAUCUGAUGGUGCUGACCACAAAGCAGGGAAGCGUGAAGCCCUCGGUACAGGAGGCUACGCUGGACAAGUCCAGGGGGCGUAUGGAGCACUUGGUGCAGGACUCGACUCAACUGGUGGCAAAUUUGGAGGUGGAGCUGCUCAGGUUCCUUACGGUAACGCUCCAGUGAUUCCUUCUGGACUGGAGGGUGAUGGUGGCUACCCGUAUCCAGCUCAGCAGCUCAACCUUGGGGCUGAAGGUGCCAAAACCGCCAACAAAUAUGGAGCUGCAGCAGGAUAUGGAGCUCAGCAAACAGGUUACGGUGCACAGCUAGGAGCAACUCAAGAUGCCUUGGGAGACCAGGCUGGCAAAUAUGGCGGCGCGAACGGUGCCCUUGGAAAUGGAUACAAAGGCUAAUUCAAAUGACCUGGACUUCUUCAAGUGGAUCUCUUCCAUAAUGUGUUCGGUGUAAUGUGUUUCUAAAGCUUUUUGUGUGUUUCACUCUAUUUUGUCCUGUUGUGUUGUCUGUUUUGUCUUCUGCCUAAUUCUUCUUAACCUCCUUGUCUUGUCUUUCUCUGUAAGUGGACAUUUGUGUUGUUGCUCCAAAACCUGCAGUGCCCCACCAGUCUUAUUCUGUCAACACUUAAAAAAAAUUGGUGGUGAUUGAUGAACAUAAAUAUCUGUGUUAAAUGCAAGAAAUGUGCCUCAAUGUUUUAAAAUACAUAUUAAAAUGAUGAUUUUACUGUUUUAAUCCAAUAAAUUAUGUCAAAUGAUGCUGAA